AUGUGUGCGUCCAGGCAGCCGAUGCUAUCCAGGGCUUGUUGCAUCGUACUCUCAGCUUUAAAGGUCAUUUGCAGCGCAGGAUUCGACGCGGUCGAAUUGGCCAUGCCGGAUCUGUUAGCAUACGGCAAGGUCUUGAACGGCGAGGAACCGGAUGCGAGUGACUACGACACCAUUGUCGAAGUCGCUAGGGCUGUUAAGGCUCUAGCGGAGGAAGUCGGAGUCGGGAUCCUUAUGUUGAAGCCGUUUGUGAACUUCGAAGGAUGGAAGUUAGGCCUCCAGGAUAGUGAAAGAGAAGAUGCCUUUGCAAGGGCACGAGGAUGGUUGAUGGUGAUGGAAGCCCUCGGGACAGACAUGCUGCAGAAGCUGGCGUCGUCAGAUGCUGAAGAGAUAUCGCCUUCGGUCGACGAUCUAGCCGCAGACGUUGCGAAGCUCGCUGACAUGUGCGCCGAGGAAGGGUUCCGCGUCGCAUACGAAAACCGAUGCUGGGCGACGCGAACCCGGACUUGGAAAGCAGCAUGGGAGAUCGUGAAGAAUGCAGACAAGCCAAACCUAGGGAUAUGUUUGGACACCUUUCAGAUUUUGGGCGGGGAGUUUGGAGACCCAACAACCAGAACGGGGUUGAUCGAGGAUAUCUGCAGGGCUGAACUGGAAUCUCGCUGUAGAGCGAGCCUCCGACAACUGACGGCAACGGUUCCUGCAGAGAAGAUAUUCCUCGUACAGCUAUCGGAUGCGUACAGGAUGGACCCGCCAAUCAAGGAAUCCAGGGAUAGUCAAGCGUCAUUGUCUCGGUUCAGAUGGAGUCAGGACCACAGACCUCUGCCUUUCGACGGGGGCUAUUUGCCAGUACACGACGUGUUGAGGGCUGUUCUAAACACGGAUUCUAGGGGAUGGUUGUCGGUUGAGGUGUUUGAUUCAAACGAGGGGUUGAAGUUCUCUGACAUGGAGGCAUUCACGAAAAGCGCCAAAGAAACGUUGCAGAAAUUGCUGUUAUUUAGCUGA